AUGCCGAAAGCCACAACACCAGCACCAAAACCGCGCCAAGAGCGGCGGCAUAAUCCCCUCGACGUGGAUCUCACAGCGACCGGAACCCUAAAGAUCAAGGGCGAGAAGCGCAAAUCCAGACACCAGGAUGAGGGCGAUCAGUUCGUGGACUCGAAAGCGUCGCGGAAGAUCUUGCGGAUGGGACAGGAGCUUGCGGAUGAGGACACAGAGGAGAAUUCUGUGCAACCGGCAAACACGGCAUUUGACUUUGAGUCGAGGUUAGAGGAGGAGGAAGAGGAGGAGCCGACACAGGACUAUGAGGAGUGGGGAGAUGAGGAUGUCGAGGAGAUUGAAUUGGCGCCGGGUGACCUGGAAACGUUCAACAAGUUCUUUCCCACGGAGGAGGACCCUUUGUUGAAGCAGGGCUGGCCGGGGGUAGACGAUAGUGUGAAGGACGAAGGACCUGGGACGAACUUGGCCGAUCUGAUCUUGGAAAAGAUCGCUAUGCACGAGGGAGCAGGAGGCGGCAACGGUGGUGGCAAUUCUGGAGCGCCGGGACCGAUAGAAGAAGAUUUUGAGAUUCCGCCAAAGGUCGUCGAGGUCUACACAAAAGUUGGUCUUCUACUUUCGCGGUACAAGUCUGGAAAGUUACCGAAACCAUUCAAGAUUCUGCCAACGGUACCUCGCUGGGAAGAUAUCAUUGAGAUUACCAGACCUGAAGCAUGGACCCCAAAUGCAAUCUACGAAGCUACCAAAAUCUUUGUGUCUAGCACACCGGCCACCGCACAACGAUUCUUCGAGAUAGUGGUCCUGGAACGGGUACGAGAGGACAUUCACGAGACCAAGAAGCUGAACGUGCAUCUUUUCAACGCAUUGAAGAAAGGGCUGUACAAACCCGCGGCCUGGUUCAAGGGUUUCCUGUUCCCACUCGUUGGAAGUGGUACCUGCACACUGCGCGAAGCCCAGAUUAUUUCUGCUGUCUUGGUUCGCGUCUCUGUGCCUGUGCUCCACUCUGCGGCUGCGAUCAAGGGUCUCUGUGACAUCGCCGCCCAGGAGUCUUCGGCGGGUACGGAAGGAGGGGGUGCGACGAACAUUUUCAUCAAGGCUAUGUUGGAGAAGAAAUAUGCCUUGCCGUUCCAGGUUAUUGAUGCACUUGUAUUCCACUUUUUGCGAUUCCGGACCGUCGACACGUUGAGCGGCGAGGCCAUGACUAGUAUUUCUGGACCUGGAUCCAAGGACACGAAAUUGCCGGUCAUAUGGCAUCAGUGCUUGUUGGCGUUUGCUCAGCGAUACAGGAACGAUAUCACCGAGGACCAGAGAGAGGCUUUGCUUGAUCUGUUGCUCACCAAGGGCCACUCCAAGAUUGGGCCAGAGGUUAGGAGGGAGCUGUUGGAGGGUAGAGGGAGAGGUGUUCCACUGGAGCCCGAGCCGAUGUCUUUUGACAAUGACGAUACCAUGCAGACAGACUAA